GCGGAAUAUUCAACUCAAUCCGAGGGCACUUGUGCUUUCGCCGUUUUUUCAUCCUGUGGAUUUAAUCGUGUGAAAAUGCGUUGAGUUUUAUUGAGACACUGGGUGAUGGCGAGCACCUCGCAACACGGCGUUUUUGCCAAUUCCAAGUUUAUUGUUCUUAUCAUCAUAUUGGUUUAUGUUAUCAAUUAUGUGGAGAGUCUGGAGUUCCACGAGCUUCUGCCAGAGGAUCCAAAGCUCUACGACAAGAUGAGACCUCCGAAGAAGGACGGACAGGCGACAGUCGUGUACUUCCACGUCACAGUCAUGGGGCUCGACUCCAUCGAUGAGACUUCAAUGACCUACGCCGCGGACAUCUUCUUCGCUCAAACGUGGAAGGACAAUAGACUCAGACUUCCAGAGAACAUGACUUCAGAAUAUAGAUUGUUGGAGGUGGACUGGCUGAAGCAGAUGUGGAGGCCAGAUUCCUUCUUCAAGAACGCGAAAUCCGUGACAUUCCAGACAAUGACGAUACCAAAUCAUUACUUAUGGUUGUACAAAGACAAAACAAUUUUGUACAUGGUGAAACUCACCCUGAGACUAUCCUGCGCCAUGAAUUUCCUGAUUUAUCCCCACGACACUCAGGAAUGUAAACUACAAAUGGAGAGUCUGUCGCACACGACGGAUGAGAUGAUCUUCCAGUGGGACCCCGAUGUGCCCCUCGUUGUCGACGAAAAUAUCGAAUUGCCGCAAUUGGCUCUCGUUAAAAACUACACAGCUGAUUGCACUCAGGUUUACUCCACAGGCAAUUUUACGUGUCUCGAGGUGAUUUUCGUGUUGAAACGGCGCCUCGGAUACUAUCUUUUUCACACAUACGUGCCCACGUGUUUAAUUGUUAUAAUGUCAUGGGUGUCAUUCUGGAUAAAACCAGAGGCGGCACCAGCUCGGGUGACCCUCGGGGUGACGUCCCUACUCACCCUCUCGACGCAGCACGCCAAGAGUCAGGCAUCCCUGCCACCCGUUUCCUACCUGAAAGCCGUCGACGCGUUCAUGUCAGUUUGCACAAUUUUUGUGUUCAUGGCACUCAUGGAGUACUGUCUCGUUAACAUUGUACUGGGGGACUCGGAUGCCCCUGCUGCCUUCAAGAAACCACCCAAACAGACACCACCGAAGGCAACAACUUCUACGGGGACUGGUGACACUAAGCUCGAUAAAAUUUUCGAUAUCGCGACUAAGGAAAAUGCCAUGCUGCUGUCCGGACGCCCCCAGAAACCGGCGACACUACCACCGACAGGUCCAACCCCAGCCCAACGAGCCAGACUCCGAGCCCUCAACAUCGAUCGUUUCUCUCGGGUAUUCUUCCCUUUUCUCUUCACCGCACUCAACGUCACCUACUGGAUAUGCUUCGCCGAAUAUAUUUAAAAAAUAAUAUCGCGAAUAUAUCGCAUGAGUUUGGGAAACGAACGUGUCGUCGCCGUCCGAUGUCCCUUCCUCUGGCUUCAAGUCACAGUCAUUUUAUUUUUUCCCUCCAAUUGAACUUUCAUCGCAGAAAAUUUAUUGAUCAGUCAAAUCUAUUUGAGAUCAAUUCUCAAAUAUAUUGACCCCUCAAAAUCGAAAUAUCAGAUUUUUAAAUUUUAAAAUGACAAAAGUCGAAUUCAAUAUUUCUAUUAAUUAUCAAUUACAUCGAUAAUUAGUCAAUCCAAUAAAUUAUCCAAUAAAUUCCGAGCCUGAAGAACAAUCCCUUUCACGAUUUUUUAUCGUUUUUUGGGUGAAAAUUAUAUAAUUAAUUUUUAUUUCAACUUUGCCGAUUUAUUUCGAACGCUCUCGGCUUCAGGGAAAAAUUCGAGGGACUUUUUCUUCCCCAAUAUCUCACCUGAACUUCCCGAUCAAAAAAGUCAUUACGAUAUUUUCCCUUAAAAUCGAUAGUUUCCAAAUAAAUAAUUUCCGUCAACCGCAAAAAAAAAUCGGUUCACCUAAUUUUACCAUUUGGCUACUAAAAUAAUCUAAAUAGUGCCCUAGGCCACUGCAUUACCAGCAGUCAAACGAGCCAGCAUAAAUAAUAAUUCCAUUGCUUGUUUAAAUUAUUCAAAAUGUUAAUAUUUUUCAAUUUAAUACUACAGUUCAAUCUCAAUAAAUAAUCAAAAUGUUGAAGCCUAGACAACAAAUAAUACAUUUUAACUGAAGAAUC